UUCCCCGAUUCUGAUCUUAAAUCUAAAAUGUUAAUUGUAUAGUUUUCUUAUUCAAUCAAGCAAGAUCAAAUCCUACAUCGAUGUCUACUAUUGAAAUCACAGACGACAAGCACUUGGCUACUGCCAAAGUUGAUCAAAUUAUUGAAACUGAAGCUGAAUAUGAACCAACUCCUGUUCAUGGUAAAAAAUUUAAGUAUGAUGCUGAUGUUAGAGCUCAAAGAUUAGCUGGUGGAGCUCAAUUAAAGGAUAUCCUUAUGAUUCUUUGUGCUGGGUUUGCCUUAAUCUCAGAUGGUUAUCAAAAUAACGUUAUGUCCAUGUUAAACAAGGUCUUUGCUUUACAAUAUCCAAAAGUCUAUGUCGGUGGUUUACCAACUCAAGUUUCUAAUGCUUCCUUGGUCGGUACUAUCUUUGGUCAAGUUGCCAUUGGUAUUACUGCUGAUUACAUCGGUAGAAAAUGGUCCAUUGUCACUGCUACCUGUUUCCUUAUCUUUGGUUCCAUUCUUUGUGCUGCUUCUCACGGUGCUACUGUUAGUGGUUUAUUCUGGAUGUUAACUAUUGCUAGAGGUAUUACUGGUUUUGGUAUUGGUGCCGAAUAUCCAUCAUCAUCUGUCACUGCUUCUGAAGCAGCUAAUGAAUCUGUUAAAAGAAGAGGUGGUGCUUUCAUUUUAUGUACUAACUUGCCAUUAUCAUUUGGUGGUCCAUUCGCAUUAAUCAUCUUCUUAAUUGUUCACAGAAUCACCGGUACUCAUUAUGAUGCUCUUUGGAGAACAAUGUUCGCUAUUGGAUGUUUCUGGCCAUUGUCUGUCUUCUACUUCAGAAUGAAGAUGGCAACCUCAGUCUUAUAUAAGAAAUCUGCUAUUAAGCAAAUUGUCCCAUACCAUUUAGCUAUCAGAUAUUACUGGAAGAGAAUUAUUGGUACCACUCUUUCUUGGUUCCUUUACGAUUUCGUUACUUUCCCUAACGGUAUUUUCUCUGCUGGUAUUAUUUCCAAUGUUAUUCCAAAAUCUGAAGCUUCUAACUUGACCUUAAUUGCUGAAUGGAACUUGUUAAUUGCUGUUAUUGCUUUACCAGGUGUCUUCCUUGGUGCUUACUUAAAUGAUAUCAUUGGUAGAAAAUACACUAUUAUGCUUGGUUUCUCCGGUUAUAUCAUCUUUGGUUUAAUCGUUGGUUUAGCUUACGAUAAGAUUAAGAACAUUACUGCCUUAUUCAUUGUUCUUUAUGGUUUAAUGAUGUCAUGUGGUAACUUAGGUCCAGGUGAUGGUAUGGGUUUAGUCUCUUCUGAAUCAUAUGCCACUCCAAUCAGAGGUACAUUCUAUGGUCUUUCUGCUGCUAUUGGUAAGGUUGGUGCUGUUGUUGGUACCAAAACUUUCACUCCAAUUCAAACUAACUUGGGUGACAGAUGGACUUUCAUCAUUGCUGCUAUUUGUGGUUUAGCUGGUGUCCUUGUUACCUUUUUCUUCAUUCCUCACUUAAAUGAUGAUGAUUUAAUGGAAGAAGAUGUUAAAUUCAAGAACUACUUGAUUGAAAAAGGAUGGACUGGUCAUUUCGGUUUAAGAGAAAACGAUAGCGAAGAAGACUUGGAAACUUCUGAAUCUGAU